CCUCCGAUCGAGCCCGAGUUCCGUCGACGAGCGGACAGUGGCAGUGUUGCGCGACGCGAAGCCAUGGAGCUUUCGGGGAUGCAGCCGCGAUUCGAGCCGUAGCCGCGACAUGUCCUUCUGCAGGAUCACGGGGAGGAGCCGGGGCCUCCCCAAGCCGAACUACUUCCCGCUGCUGCCGCCCAUCAGCCCGGCAGACGCGAAGCGCUUCUGCCGCAUCACCGGCAAGUCCUACGGCCUGCCGACGCACCACUACAUUCCCGUGGCGCUGGGCUGCCACGCCGGGAGCAACAAGUGCAAGAUAACCACGAACCAGGACACGGGCGGGCCGCCGCCGCCGCAGCCGCCGCCGCCGCGGGCCGAGGGCAGGAGGCACGUCCUCCUCAAGGACUACCGCUACGUCCUGCCGGUGCUCGAGGGCGAGGCUGAGCAGCAGCUGCUCCUGCAGGGCCUGCUGCAGUCGAAGCUCGAGGCCGAGGCCGCGCAGCCGCGGUUCGUCUACACCGUGGACGAGCGCAGGUGCAGCCUCGUCUUCCCGGCCGGCCUGGAGGCGGCCGUGCGCGACGGCGACGUCCGCGACGUGAUGCUCUCGAGGGACUGCGAGAGCGUGCUGCUGCGCCUCAAGCAGGGCAGGAGCGUCUCGCUGGGCUUCCGCGAGCUCGAGGAGCCCGGCGAGCUCGGCGAGCUCUACGACGGCCGCGGCCCGCGGGAGGAGGUGCUCCGGGAGCGCGAGCGCCAGGCGGCCGAGAGCAAGAGGAGGAAGCGCCGCCGGCAGGGGGGCCUGAGCCACGCCAAGAGGAUCUUCGAGGAGAAGGAGCGGGCCGCCGAGGCGGAGGAGCUCAGGUUGCGGGCCGGGCCGCCGAUCAAGUGCUGGAAGCAGCUCGGCUCCGCGAGACAGGCGAAGUCGCGGCGCAGCAUCGUCUCGAGCUCCGCGGAGUGGAGGGAGAUGAGGCGGCCGCUCGAGGUCUCCCUCGACUGGGAGCGGCUCGAGCGGCCCGAGGGGCCCGAGGGGCCGGCCCUGCGGCCGCUCGUCGCGGCGCUGCCCGCGCCCCUGGCCCCGGGCGCGAUCGAGCCGCGGACGGUCGACCUCGCGGAGAGCUGGCCGCUCGGCUCGUACAGCGCGCCCGUGUCCGAGGAGACCGGCGGCUUCGAGGCCAUCCCGCUCGUCGAGCCGUUCGCCCCGCUCACGGCCGAGCCCGACGCCGACGUGCAGCGGGCCUGCGCGCGCCUCGCACCGGAGGCCCUCGCGGACACGGCCGACGCGGCCAGGCGGCUGGCGCAGGCGGGCGCGGAGGCGCUGGCCGCGCUGCCGCGGAUCGAGGAGAUACCGCGGCUGCUGGAGCGCAUGCGCGAGCCCAGGGCCCAGCUGACCCAGCUGACCCAGCUGGGCGGGCUCCGGGGCCUGAAGCUGGACAUCGACUCGGCGCAGAGGUUCGUGCUCGGGCAAAGCCUGCGGGGCGGGCCCUUCGUGCCCGGGCAGACGCUGCGCACGCCGCGGGGCGAGCUCUUCGUCCCGGGCCUGACCGUGCAGACGCCGGACGGGCCGCUGCUGAUCCCGGGCCAGGUCCUCGACGUCCGGGAGGACAGGGCCGGCGAGCCGACGACGACCCCGGUCUUCGUGGCGGGCCAGACGCUGCCGACGAGCCUGGGCGAGCGGUUCGUGCAGGGCCAGACGAUCCACACGAGCGAGGGCGCCAAGUUCGUCGGCGGGCAGACCGUGCUGACGAAGGAGGGCCCCAAGUUCGUGGCCGGCCUGGUCGUCAACGGGAGCGAGUUCCUGCCCGGGCAAAUCGUCGCCACGGAGCAGGGCGCGCGCUUCGUGCCCGGCCAGACGAUGACCGGCGAGCUGGGCCAGCAGAUCUUCGUGCCCGGGCAGAGCUACUAUCGGCCGGGCACGAGGAGCGGCGAGGCUCCCGGCUGGGAGUUCAUGCCCGGCCAGAGCGUCGAGACGGAAGCCGGCCAGCAGCGCUUCGUCCCGGGCCAGACCCUCCUGACCUCCGACGGCCUGCAGUUCGUCCCGGGCCAGAGCGUCGGCUGCGGCGAGGAGUCGCACUUCGUGCCGGGCCUGACGGUGCCGGCCGGAGCCGCCGGCCACAAGUUCCUCAGCGGGAUGGCGCUGGCCACGCCGCGGGGUCGGCAGUUCGUCGAGGGGCUGCUGAUGAAGGCCAGCGAGGAGGCGGGGGGCGCGGAGACGUUCGUGCCCGGGACGGUGAGCAGGCCCGAGGACGAGUCCGCGGGCUUGGAGUUCGUCGCCGCCAGGAGCCUCGCCGAGGCGCAGCUCGCCGCGGCCCCGCCCGCCGGGAUCCCCAUCGACCCGAAGACAGCCAGCGCCGUGUCCGGAGCGCGGACGGAGACAUUCGGGCACAUCGUCCAGACGGAGGCGGGGCUGGAGUUCAUAGCGGAGAGCGUCAAGCGGUUCUCGCGCGGCAGGAAGAUGGUGCCGGGCCAGCUGGUCAGGAGCAAGGACGGCCACCGCUUCGUGCCGGGCCUCAUGAGCGAGGAGCGGCUCUUCGUGCCCGGGCAGAUCGUGCACACCGAGGCCGGAGAGCAGUUCGUGCCCGGACAAGUCGUCGAGACGAGCAGCGGGCCCAAGUUCGUGCCCGGGCAGAUGGUCGAGACCCGCUCGGGCGGCAAGUUCGUGCCGGGCCAGACGAUCGGCACGCCGGACGGGCCGCAGUUCGUGCCCGGGCAGAUCGUCGAGACGAAGGCCGGGCCGACCUUCAUCCCCGGCCAGGUGAUAUCGACCGAGGACGAGGGCUCGCGAUUCGUGCCGGGCCAAGUGGUCGAGACGUCGGACGGGCCGCACUUCGUUCCCGGCCGGGUCCUCGAGUCGGCCGAGCACGGGGUCAUCUUCGUGCCCGGCCAGAUCGUGCAGACGGAGCAGGGCCCGAGAUUCGUCGCCCCUGACCUGACGGACACGCCCGAGGGCGAGCUCGAGUUCUCGGUCCAGGGCUUCGAGGUGACGCCGGAGGAGCUCCGGCUGCUCAGGCCGCAGCACCUGCAGUACAACGCCUCGGCGCGAGGCUACAGCACCGAGUCGAGCAUCGACGCGGACAUGCUGAAGCGGCUCUCGGAGGCCGGGCUGACCAUCGGCAAGAGCGCCUCGUCCGCGAUACCGAACGUCGCCGUCGACGUGGAUCCCAAGGCCGUCGAGCUCGACCGCGCGAUCCUCGUGAGCGAGAAGCUCGGCUUCCAGGGGCAGGCCGCCGUGAAAGUGGCCCAACUGGUCUCGAGCAUAGCCAGCCUGGCGGACGGAAUAGUGCGGCGGGCCAGCGACAGCAUCCACAGGACGAACGGCCAGUCGAGAGUCGCGGCGGCCGCGCAGGCGUACCGGCAAUUGGAGGGCGGCGGGGCCAGCGAGGGCUGGCUGCAGGACGCGCUGAGAUCCACGCUGGCCGUCGCGGUGCAGGCGGCGCUCGGCGAGGAGGCCGCGGAGGGCAGGCGCGACGCCGUGUUCUCGGCCGUCGGCGAAGCGCUGAGACUGCUGGUGAGCGGUGCCGGCGCCGGGCCCCCGGAGGACCUGGUCGAGGAGUUGCUGCGCACCGUGCUGGCGCCGCGGAAGCGGGAAUCGAUAUGCCAGUCGCUGCUGGCGGAGGCGAGCGACAACAAGAUCGACAUCCUGAAAUGGACGCUGACGGCGCAGUCGCUGGAGGCCGAGCUGGUCCUCGACCGGCUGUCCCGAGUUCUCGAGGAGGAGGUCGGCGGCGGCGGCGGCGGCGACGCGAUCGGCCCGGCGUUCAGAGCGCUCUCGGAGAGGGACCCGGGCCUGAUCUCGCGAGUCCUGGAGCGGCUCUCCGGGCAGGUGGCUCGCCUGGACACGGAGCAGGAGGCGGCCGAGGCCGUGCGCAGCGCCAUCGUCCGGGCCGUGCGCGAGUACAGCGAGAGCAGCCUGGAGGAGAUAUUCAGGAGCGAGGAGCCCGGCGUCGUCCGCGAGCUGAUCCUGCAGGCCGUCGGCUUGGCCAGGGCGCUCGGCAUGCCCUCCGCCGCGAGCGGCCUGCUCUCCGUGCUCGGCGACGCGGAUUCCACGCGGGCCUUGGCCAACGACCCGCUGGCGCUGGACAUGCUGCGCAGGCUGACGAUCAUGAGGAAGCUGGCCGCGGAGAGGCCGCAGCUCGCCGACGCCCUGGGCACGCUGGGCGGCGAGGGCGACUCGGAGAGAGCCAGGAGCGACCCCCGCCUGCGGGCCCUGGUCCGCGAGAGCGCCGCGCUCAUGAUCGUCCCGGAGGAGCUGCCCUGCCUGGAGUCCUCGACGGACGUACCCGGCUCCCUGCUCUGCGCGGACAACAGCCUGGCGAUGGAGGAGUUCGUGAUGAGGCGGAGCCGCAGGCCCUCGGCGACCUUCAUGAUUCUGAAGCAGGGCCUGCAGGCCGUCGUGCCGCGGGAGGCCGCGAGGUCGGUCCUCAGGGGCCAGGUGCCGUACACCCUCCUCGACGAGCGGGGCGUCCAGCACUUCGAGCCGCUCCACGUCUUCUCGGCCCUGCGGCUGAGCAAGCCGGCCGCGCAUCGCUUCUCCGUCUACUGCUGGCCCGUGCCGGCCGCGGCGAGCUCGCUCCUGCAGGAGGAGGCCGAAAUCGAGAGGCUCGACCUCACGCGGACCAGCAGCACGGACGACGGCCUCGACCUUUCCAAAUCGGACCACGCUCUCGGCUACGGGUCUGCUAGCAGGGAAAACACGCCGAGCUUUCGCAGAAUCAGUACUCUCUAUCAGGACAAUAAUAAUGGGAAAGCAGAAAACUUCGUGGUAGUCAAGGAUUACACGGCCGAGGCCGAGAGCGCGGGCUUUUCCGUCAGCGUAGGGGACAUCGUCGAGGCCAUCGAAUUCGCAGCCGAUAACUCAAAGGAGGCGAAACUCGACGGGGCCUUCGACAUCGGCGAGAUCGAGGACCGACUGGACAGUUCGGCGGCCAGGCACAAGCUGUCGGUGCGUCCCCGGCGUAAAUACGCGGAUUCUCGGGCUCAGCUAAUUUCCCGCGCCUCCUCAAGGGCGCUAGUCCGCAAAGUCGGCGGCGAGCAAGGAUGGCUCCCGAUGUCGAUUUUGAUGCAAACGGCGCUCAGCGAGGACACUUCGACGGGCCAACACAAACCCGAGGAUUCGCGCUUCAGACGAGAGGCUGUCGUCAAAGAAUUGGUUGAAACGGAGGAAGAAUUCGGACGAGACCUACAGCUGGUUGUGGAGCGAUACCUAAAGCCGCUGGACAAUCCCGCUGUGCCGCGCGCCGUGCGUGACAACAAGGAAAUCAUUUUCACGAAUCUCAAACAAAUAGCAGAAUUUCACAACACAUCGUUUGGCAGGGUCUUAAUCGAGGGUGUCAAGUACUACGCUGACCAGCCACGUAUGCUCGGCAAGACCUUUCUCAGACUGGAGAGAGAUUUUGACAAACACGUGGCUUACUGCAGAGACGAACCCGUAGCUCAAGACUUUCUCCAGUCAAACAAUGAAGUGCGAGAAUAUUUCGAGGAGCUGAGCCACAAACUCGGGGACGACAAGAGCGUCUCGGAGCACCUGAAGCUCCCGAUCCAGCGCAUCAACGACUACCAGCUCCUGCUAAAGGAGCUGGUCAAGUACUCGACUCGCUUGGGCGAAGAUUGCGACGACCUCCAGAAGGCUCUGGAGUUGAUGCUAGGGAUCCCCCAUCGGGCGACCGACAACAAGUUCAUCAGCAACAUCGAAGGAUACAAGGGCAACAUCCACAAGCUUGGCAGACUGCUUACUCACGAAUGGUUCACCGUCACCGAUAGAGAGGCACGGAGCAAGGAGCGCUACUUGUUCCUCUUCAAGGCGCGCAUACUCGUCUGCAAAGUCCGGCGCAUAUCCGAGGACAGGUCGGUCUUCGUGCUCAAGGACAUCAUAAGGCUGCCCGAGGUCGAGGUCAAGGACCACGCGGGGGAGCAGCGCACCUUCGAGCUACACCCGAAGGCCCCGGCUGGACUGCCGGGCUACCCCAUCACCCUCUCGGCCCACAAGGACCCGGUCAAGGCGGCCUGGCUCAAGGAGAUCCGCCAGUACGCCAGCGAUGUCGUAGCUCUGGCUGAGCACGCCGCCGACGAUCUACAACUGAGCGCCGAUCCCGGAGCGGACGAGAAGCCGAGUGCCAGCAGCCAGGAAGCGCAGCAGCAGCAGCAGCCAGGCGACAUGUCCCGCCGCUACUCCUCCACUCGCUUCAGCGCCUCCUCGAGACUCGUCGAAGAGUCCUACUCGAGCGUGUCGAGCAGCCGAGUGACAGGCUCCGAGCUGUCCUCCUCGUUCGCCGCGAGCAGCUCGGUCACGAGCAGCCAGCAGACAGCAGCCCUGGGCUCUGCAGGCGUGAGCGAGUCCUCGUCGAGGACCGCCAGGUUGGCCCUGUCGACCAACGACGCUGGCAGACCCCAGUUCGAGACGCCGAUCGAGGGCUGCCAAGUGGAGCCAUCACGAGCAAAAUUGGCUAUGUUACACGUCAUAGCUGGCGAAUGCGCGACGUUCGAGUGCACGCUCAAGUCCUCGGAGUCGGCCAGCAAGAUGGUAUGGCUGAAGGACAACAAGCCGAUGGACGACAAGCUGGCCGAUCGCGUGAGAAGCAGCGUCGAGGGAAGCACUUACAAGCUCCAGAUCGAGAACGUGCUGGAGUCCGACUCGGGCAUUUACAUCGCUCACGCGGCCAACGGCGAGGGAAGCGCGACCUGCACUGCCCAGCUGGUCGUCCAAGAGUUCACGGCCGAGGAGAAGAAAGCCAGGGCCGACGCGAACUCGCCGAUCUUCCUGGUGCGGCUCAAGGAUACGGAGCUUCUGGAGAACACCUACCUGCGCUUCAUGAUCAAGAUCAAGGGCGACCCGGCUCCGGACCUGAAAUUCUUCAAGGACGGCGUGCCGAUCGACUCGAAGAACGAGCGCGUCCAGAUCGUGCGGGAGAAGGCGGACAAGGGCUUCUACGAGAUCGUCAUCCCGGACGUGCAGAAGCAGGACGCCGGCAAGUACAGCUGCACGGCGCAGAACCGCUUCGGCGAGGCGAGCUGCGAGGCGAGCGUGAGCGUGACCGACGAGAAGCUCAUGUUCGCCGGGCUGCCCGAGGGCCUGCUCGAGCCCGGCGCCGAGCCCAAGUUCGUCUGGACGAGGGACGGCGUGCCCUUCGAUCCCGAGGAGAGGUUCAAGGUGCUGUUCAAGGACAGCGAGGACACCCUCGCGCUCGUCUUCCAGCACGUCAAGCCCGAGGACGCCGGCCUGUACACCUGCGUCGCCCAGACCAGCACCGGCAACAUCAGCUGCAGCGCCGAGCUCACGGUCCAGGGCACCGUCAACCAGCUGCUCAAGGAGCCGGCCAAGCCCGCGCUCCAGUCCGAGUCGAGGACCUCCGAGGUCAGCGCCGGAGGCUCGGCCAUGCUGGAUCUCCAGGUGAAAGGCUUCCCCAAGCCCAACAUCACGUGGACCAAGGACGGCAAGGAGAUCGUCGCCGGCGGCAGGAUCAAGUACCUCUGGGAGGACGAGGAGUCGCUGUCGCUGGUGAUCAAGAGCGUGACGGCCGCCGACGCGGGCGUCUACAAGAUCCGCGCGAGGAACGAGCUCGGCGAGGACAACACGCAGAUCGAGCUGAUCGUCAAAUCCGCGCCCAAGAUCACCAAGCGCAUGGAGAGCUUCUCCGUGCAGUCCGAGGAGACGAUCAACAUGUCCGUGCAGAUCCAGGGAUCGCCGGUGCCCGAGGUCAGCUGGUACAAGGACAACAAGCGCAUCCUCGAGUCGGACCGCACGAGGAUCUCGAAGGAGGCGGACGACACCUACACCCUCACCAUCAAGUCGGCAUGCCUCGAGGACUCGGGCUCCUACUCGAUCAUCGCCAAGAACGAGAUAAACGAGACCUCGCAGUUCUGGGACUGCACGGUCAAGUACCCGCCGAAGAUCACCAAGGGACUCGGCGAGCCCAGGCUCAUCGAGGAGGGCGACAGCCUGACCCUCUACGUCGAGGUCGAGUCCGAUUAUCCGCCGAGCGUCACCUGGAUCAAGGACGAGGAGGUGAUAAAGAUUAGCGAUCGCAUAACCAUCAGCGACGAGGGCAACCGGCACAGCCUCCAGAUCGACAAGCUCCUCGACACCGACACCGCGACCUACAAGGUCCAGGUCGCCAACAAGGACGGAGCGAGGUCCGAGCAGACCGCCAUCCAGGUGCGCUCCGCCCCGCUCUUCAAGAAAAAGCUCCAAGACAAGACGGCCACGGAGAACGAGGCCAACGUCGAGCUGCUCGCCCAGGUCGAGAGCUUCUCCAAGCCGGAAGUCAGCUGGUACUUUGCCGGCAAGAAGAUAAGCGAGGAGAAAAAGGAGUACAGCAUGAGCGAGGAGGGCAAUUGCUACAAGCUGACGAUCAAGAGCGCCAAGACCGAGUGCGCCGGCAAGUACACCUGCAAGGCCAAGAACGAGGUUGGCGAGAGCAGCAGUUCGGCCAGUCUCACCGUCAACUUCAGGCCGAAAUUGAUCAAGAAACUGGCCGAUCAGAAGGUCAAGGAGGGCGAGACCCUCAAGCUCACCGUUCAAGUGUCCGCCGUGCCGGCGCCGGAGGUUCAGUGGUUCAAGGACGGGCAGGAGGUGAACGCAGACGCGAGGAUCAAGAUCAGCAGGGACAGCCAGAGGCUGGAAAAUUACGAUUUGACGGUGACGCUGCUCAAGGGUACCGACGGUGGCGUUUACGAAGUGCGCGCCAAGAACGACUUGGGAUUCGUCAGCAGCAAGAGCAAGGUCAUCGUCCUGACCAAAUCUGAGGAGCAAAGCGAAGAAGCGACGAAGGUUGCGGAAGAAGACGUGUCGGCGCAAAAGCAGACAGCCGAAGAAGAAGCCGGACCCGAAGGUCAUGUCAAAGUGGAGAAACAUAAAGUUGAAGUCUGUAAAGGUUCGAAUGGCGAGACGAUCACUGUUUCCGUGUCUUCUACCACGGAACACGAGGCUACUAUGACAGGUCCGAAUGAGAAGCACACGAUCAGCAAGAUGACCUCGACGAAAGUCGAAGUCCAGGAGCUGAACAGCCACGACGUCGGACCUCAGGUCGAGGAGAUCGCCUCGUAUAGCUACACGAUACACGAGGACGAUAUUUCCUCGAAGCCGCAGAACGGCAUGCUCGUCGAGGAAUUCUCCGAGAGCGAGGAGUGCGGCAAAGCCGGGAACGGCAGGAUCGACAAGCUGCAGGUCAACCGGGGCGUCUCCAUCGUAUCGGUAUCCGACGACGAUACGAUCAAGGGCAUCUCGCGGGACGUCAGCGCGGACGACAUCCAUCAGAGCUUCGAGUUUCAGGCCGUCGAGGAAUGCAACGGCUCGAACGGCAUCGACGAGCCGAGCAGGCUGGUUCAGCAUCAGGAGGAGCUGACGACGAUGAGCCGCGCGCGAGCCGUCUACAGCGAGACGAUCGUCGAGGAGCGAUCGAUCGACGAGUCUCUGGGCAGUAACCACGCUCGGAACGCCGUCGUCGAGGAGAGCGGGCAGAACGGAGUCCAGACCAAUGGCGAGAAAGCUGCCUCGAGGCAGGGCUCCCUCCUGGAGAAGCACGACUCGGUCGAGUACAACGAUUCCAGGAGAAGCUCGACCACUCGGGAGAAGGCUGCCUCGAGACAGGGCUCCCUCCUGGAGAAGCACGACUCGGUCGAGUACAACGAUUCCAGGAGAAGCUCGACCACUCGGGAGAAGGCUGCCUCGAGACAAGGCUCCCUCCUGGAGAGGCACGACUCGGUCGAGUACAACGAUUCCAGGAGAAGCUCGACCACUCGGGAGAAGGCUGCCUCGAGGCAGGGCUCCCUCCUGGAGAGGCACGACUCGGUCGAGUACAACGAUUCCAGGAGAAGCUCGACCACUCGGGAAAAGGCUGCCUCGAGACAGGGCUCCCUCCUGGAGAGGCACGACUCGGUCGAGUACAACGAUUCCAGGAGAAGCUCGACCACUCGGGAAAAUACCGCAUCGAGACAGAGCUCCGUUCUGGAAAAACAGUCCGAUUGUGCCGAUCACAAAGAUUCGAGAAAGAAUUCCCUGAAGGAAAAGAGCUUGUCCAGGCAGAGUUCCAUUCUGGAAGGUCGCGAGUCGGUGAAAGACAGCAGGACGCUCUCGCGCGAGAAUUCGAUCAACAAGGCAGCAGGGUCGACGGAUGACAACUUCGAAGAAGACGAAGACGAAGACAUGAAAAAGCUGUUCGAGCGCAUCAAGAGGCAACGUUCCGUUCUCGAUGAGAUUUUAGAAAAGAAAGACAAACAAGAAGCGCCGGAGAGCCAAGCUACACUAGACAAACAAGAUACACGAGACACGAAAGACGAGAUUGAAAAUGGAGCGUCACCAGUGAUCGUAAGUUCGAGCUUGGAAGACCGCGACAUAUACGAGACGCAGAGCACGCAGUUCGAAAUCAAAGCGACGGGCUUGCCGAGGCCAGACGCCAAGUGGUUCAAGGACGGGCUUCCCCUCAAGAUUUCCAAACGCAUCCAAUACUCGACCGUCGGCGAGCUCUUCCAACUGACGGUGACGAAAGCCCUCGAGGAAGACUCGGGCUUGUACACCAUCGUCUUCACGAACAAGCUCGGGGAGAAGAGCCUCGAGGGCUUCCUCAGCGUCGAGCCCGUCGGCGAACUGCGCAAGCCGAAGCUCGUUCAGCCGCUCAGCGACGCCGACGUCGACGAGGGAAAGACCGGCGUUUUCAAGGCCGUCUUCACCGGGGACCCGAUCCCGGAGGCCAUAUGGUCGCUGAACGGCGAGAUCAUCGACACCGGCGCGGCUCGACACGUGGCCAAGGUGGAGCACAAGCUCAUAGAGGACGCGCUGAAGGAGUGCACCUACAGGCUGGAAAUCCCCGAAACCAAUCCCGGAGAUGUCGGACAGUACAGCCUGCGAGUGCUGAACGAGCACGGAGAAGCGUCAACAGAAGCUGACCUGGGUCUGCGCAUCGUGCCGAUAUUCGAGGAAUUCAAGGACCUGCUAGCCCCGGUUGGCGAGAGCGCCGUGUGGGAGGCGAGGAUCAAGGCGAACCCGAGGCCCACGAUCGUCUGGCAGUGCGACGGCCGCGACGUCACUUUGGACGAGCGAUUCGUCACCGAGGACGACUACAAGAACAAGAGCUACAAGCUCAAGAUCAAGGCGCUCGAAGUUUGCGACGCCGGCAAAUACAAGAUCCUCGCCUCGAACGACAUGGGAGAAUCUUCGGAGGAGGCGACGCUCAAGCCGUACACUGAGCAGCCGGUGUUCACGAAGGAGCUGAAGGAGUACGAGUCCGUGCGCGACCAGAACAACUACGAGGUGGAGGUGCGCGUGACGGGCUACCCGAGGCCGAGCAUCAGCUGGCUGAAGAACGGCGUGGAGAUCUUCGACGACAUGCGCAACACCCUCACCACCUGCGUCGAGGGCCCCGAGGUCGUGAGCAAGUGGAGCAUCGAGAGAUUCGGCGAGAAGGACGCCGCGAACUACAGCGUUCAAGCGAUGAACAUGGCCGGAUCGGCCAGAUGCCUCUGCGAGCUCUCGCUCACGCGCUUCCCGCCCAAGUUCUUCCGCAGCUUGCCGCCCUCGCUGGACCUGGAAGAAGCCGAGCCGCUGGAGCUGUUGGCCAAGUGCGACGGGAGCCCGAUCCCCAUGGUCGCCUGGUACAAGGACGGCGAGAUCGUCGUGCCGGACGACCGCACCAAGAUCGACGUGCUGCCCGACGGCACGAUGAGGCUCUCCAUCGAGAGGGUCAAGCCGACCGACUCCGGUGCCUACAAGAUCGUCGCCUCCAACACCGGCGGUGACAAUCCCUCGCAGUGCGCCGUCGCCGUUCGCCCCGAGUCCAAGGAGCCGUACUUCAAGAAGGGCUUGGAGGACCUCAAGGCGAUGGUCGGCGAGCCGUUGAAGCUCCGAGUGCAGGUCGUGGCCUUCCCGAACCCGACGGUCCAGUGGUUCAAGGACGGCAUGCCGCUGAGACCCUCGAAGGAAAUCUACUUCAGCAACGAUCCGAACGGCUUGAUCGGCAUGACGAUCGACGAGCUGCGCCCGGAGGACGCGGGCCUCUACUCGAUCGUCGUGUCCAACGAGUUGGGAGAGGCGACUGGGAGCUCGAAUGUCGAGGUCGAGGAGCGCGAGAAGCCCCCUGCGUUCGUCGCCACGCUCCACCCGAUGACCGUGGUCGAGGGUUUCCCGGCUAAGCUGCAGGUCAAGCUCGAGGGCAAACCUGCGCCGACUCUCAAAUGGACUCACAAUGGACAGGAGGUCGUCCCGGACGGCGAGCACCUGAAGAUCGUGAAUCUGCCGGACGGGAGCCAGGCCAUGCUCAUCGAGAAGGCCGGGCCCGCGGACGUGGGCGAGUACGCGGUGACGGCCAGCAACAGCGAGGGCGAAGAGUGCAGCAAGGCCCAGCUGGCCGUCCUGGGCAGGAGCAACGGCGCCGAGCCGGAGGAGAAGCCUCGGUUCCUCUCGGCGCUGCGCGACGCGAGCGUCCUGGAGGGCGAGCCUCUGAGCCUGGAAGCCCUGAUCGGGGGCAACCCGGUGCCAGAGGUCAGCUGGAGCAAGGACGGCAAGCCUCUGCAGGCCUCGGAGCGCUGCAUCGUCAGCUGCGACGGCAAGAAGCUCGGCCUCGAGAUCAAUCCGAGCCAAGGCAAGGACUCGGGCCUCUAUGCCUGCGAACUGCGCAACCCCCACGGCUCGGACAAGAGCAGCGCCAACGCCUCGGUGCGCAAGAUCUUCCAGGCGCCCAACUUCGCGCAGAGAUUCACCGACCUGCAGCAGAUGAUGGGCUGCGACGCCAAGUUCACGGCUCGCGUCAGCGGCAUCCCUCAGCCCGACGUCAGCUGGUACUUGAACGACAAGCCCAUCUCCCCGGACGACGGCAAGUACAAGAUCAAGCGCGAUGGCGAAGCCUGCUGCCUCUUCGUCAAGGACUGCACGUACGCCGACUGCGGGCGCAUCAAGUGCAGAGCCGAGAACAAGGAGGGCAGGGCGGAGUGCGAGGCUGCCCUCGCGGUCGUCAAAGAGCUGGACAAGAAGCAGAAGGUGGAGCCGCCGUCCUUCCUCAAGAGGGUCGGAGACUGCGAGGUUUACAAGGGCAUGACGGCCAAAUUCACAGCCUGCGUCACGGGCUAUCCCGAGCCCGAGUUCGAGUGGUACCGCGACGACACCAAGCUCUGGCCCACGGAUCGCAUCCUCAUGGAGAGCGAGGGCGCUGGCCUGCUCAGAAUGACCAUCUACCACGUCGACGAGGACGACGCGGGCAAGUACACUCUGCGCAUCUUCAAUCCGUACGGCGAAGCCAAGUCGAGCGGAGAAAUGCUCUUCGAAUCGAUGGAGCCGCGAAGCAAGAGGCUGGUCGACCAGUACGCCGAGUACGACCGGUACCGCAAGUCCGGCAUCCCGCUGCCGCUGGCCGAUCGGCCGAUCAUCAGCCGCAUGAUGGACCGCCACUUGACCCUCUCGUGGAAACCGUCGAUCCCGUCGAUGCCUCGGCUGCCGGUGACCUACCAGGUCGAGAUGUGCGAACUGCCGGACGGCGACUGGUUCAGCGCGCGCAGCGGCGUCCGCGGCUGCGUCUGCGACAUCCGCAACCUCGUUCCGUUCCGCGACUACCGGUUCCGCGUGCGCGUCGAGAACAAGUACGGGAUGAGCGAGCCCUCGCCGUACGCCCAGAGCUACCGGGCCAAGCUCGAGCCGGAGCCGCCCAAGUUCUACCCGUACCUGCCGCCGGGCAUCGACUUCCGCCCGGAGACCAGUCCCUACUUCCCCAAGGACUUUGACAUCGAGAGGCCGCCCCACGAGAACUACGCCCAAGCGCCGCGCUUCCUGCGCCAGGAAUUCGACACCCAGUACGGCCUGAAGAACCAGAACUCGAAGCUCUUCUGGUUCGUCUACGGAUACCCCAAGCCCAAGAUGAGCUACUACUUCAAGGGCGAGCCGAUCGAGCCGGGCGGCAGGUACGACUACACGUACACGCGCAACGGCCAGGCCACGCUCUUCAUCAACAAGAUGCUGGAGCGCGACGUGGGCGAGUACGAGGCCGUGGCGAGCAACGAGCACGGCGAGGCCAGGCAGAGGGUGCAGCUCGAGAUCGCCGAGUACCCGACCUUCAUCAGCAGGCCCGAGGAGGCCCACGGCAUGGUGCGCAAGAGCGGCAAGUUCGAGGCCAGGGUCACCGGCGUGCCGUACCCCGAGCUCAAGUGGUACAAGGACUGGAAGCCGCUGGCUCCCUCCACCAGGAUAAAGAUCCAGUUCGUCGAGCCAGACCUGUCGAUCCUCGUGAUCGAGGACGCGAUCCUCAAGGACGAGGGCCUCUACUCGCUGUCGGCGCGCAACGUGGCGGGCUGCGCCUCGAGCUCGGCCAUGCUGCACAUCGAGGAGACCGAGACCGACUGGCGCUACAAGAACUACACGAUCAAGGCCGACGUGAAGGCGCGCCAGAAGCCCUUCGGCGAGGACUACGAUCUGGGCGACGAGCUCGGACGCGGUACCCAGGGCGUCGUCUACCACGCGGUCGAGAGAUCCAGCGGCAACAACUACGCGGCCAAGCUCAUGCACGGCGGAUCGGAGCUCAGGCAGCUCGUGUUCAACGAGAUGGACGCCAUGAACAAUCUGAACCACAAGAAGCUGCUGCGCCUGCACGACGCGUACGAGACGGACCGGUCGGUCACCCUCGUCACCGAGCUGGGCGGAGGCGGCGAACUCGUGGACAACCUCACCAGGAAUCCGUUCUACACCGAGUACGAGAUCGCCGGUUACGUUCGCCAGCUUCUCACGGGUCUCGACUACAUGCACAAAUCCGGAUGGGGACAUCUUGGACUGACGCUGAGCGAUCUGCUGAUAUCCCACUCGGGCGGCGAUGACUUGAAGAUCGGCGACUUCGGCCUGGCGCGGCGCAUCGUCCGCAACAAGCUGAUGACCCUGAUGUACGGCAUGCCGGAGUUCGUGCCGCCGGAGGUGCCGAACGGCGAGGGCGUCGACUACGGCACGGACAUGUGGAGCACGGGCAUCAUCGCCUACAUCCUGCUCAGCGGCAUCUCGCCGUUCCGCGGAGUGAACGACCGCGAGACCCUCACCAGGAUCAAGGAGGGCAAGUGGAACUUUGAGGACGAGCGCUGGCGCCACAUCUCCGAGGAGGCCAAGGACUUUAUCAGGAAGCUGCUCGAGUACCAGACCGAGCGGCGGAUGGACGCGGAGACGGCGCUCCGACACCCCUGGCUGCAGAGGCCGUCCGACCGGCCGGCCAGCGACUGCCACAAGAUUCCCUCGGAGCACCUGAAGAACUACUACGUCCUCUACAGGGACUGGUACAAGAACGCGUCCUGCCGGACCUGGUACCGCAAGCGCCGGCUGAGCAGCGCGUUCGAGCACCCCUCGAAGAUGGUCUAUCCGCCGGGCCACAGGUACACGCCCGAGAGGAGUCCCGAGAGGAGUCCCGAGAGGCCGUACACGCCCGUCGGCAAGAAGGCCCCCGCGGCGAGGGCUUGGGAGAACCGAGUGCCGUCGCGGGAGCCGAUCGACACGGAAAUCGGCAUCGUCAAGAGCGAGAGCCACUACCAGAACGGGCCGGACACGUACCUGCUGCAGCUGCGCGACACCGACUUCCCGGUCAGGCUGCGCGAGUACACGAAGGUGGCGAACAAGCGCGGCACCGGCUUCCCGCGCGCCUUCUCCGACGAGGGCUACGACUGGAGGACGCCGAUCAUCAGGGAGCGGCGCCGCUUCACCGACGUCAUGGACGAGGAGAUCGACGACGAGCGCAAGGCGCGCAUCAACACGUACGGCAGCCUCGAGGCCCCGGGCGCGCGCCGGCUGCGCCACGAGCUCGGCACGCGGCUCGACAGCUACGCCGAGGUCGAGGCCAUGCUCGAGAGCAAGCAGCAGGGCCAGCCGCCGUUCCUGCGCGAGAAGCCCCAGCAGCGCGCCAUCCAGGACGGCGAGCCGGCCCAGCUGAGCUGCCUCGCCGUCGGCGAGCCCAAGCCCGUCGUCCAGUGGUUCAAGAGCGACAUGGUCGUGCAGGAGAGCAACCGCGUGCGCGUGACCGAGGACGCGCAGGGCCGCUCGAUCCUCAGCCUGCAGCCGGCCCGCGAGCAGGACGCCGGCAUCUACAAGGUCGUGGCGCGCAACAAGCUCGGCCAGACGGUCGCCCGGGCGCGGCUGGUCAACGCCACGCUGCCCUGCGCGCCCGACUCGCCCGAGGUCCGCGAGGCCUCCGACAGCGAGAUCCUGCUGCGCUGGAAGCAGCCCAAGUACGACGGGAACUCGGCCAUCCUCUGCUACGGGCUGCAGUACCGGCAGGGCGACGCGAUCGAGUGGCAGGACGUGGCGCGCAACAUCGACCACGAGUUCUUCCUCGUGCACGAGCUCGAGCCCAACACGAGCUACAACUUCCGGCUGGCCGCGCGCAACCGGCUCGGCUGGAGCGAGCACGGCGUGCCGAGCAAGCUGAGCAAGACGCGCGCCAAGCAGGAGGAGGUGCCGCGCGUCCAGCUGAGCCGGGCGAUGCGGCACCUGCAGCAGCUGACCGAGUCGGGCCGCGAGGUGCCCCUCGAGGAGCCGCGCCCGCAGCUCGACUACGCCGCGGAGGGCGCGCGGCCGCCGCGGGACUGGGAGCGCGAGGCCCGCGUCUCCGAGCGCUACAGCUUCGUCUCGGAGAUCUGCCGGGGCGAGUUCUCGCUGGUGGCCAAGGGCAUCGAGCGGGCCAGCGACCGCGUCGUCGUCGCCAAGAUCCUCGAGCUGCGGCCCGAGACGGAGGAGCGCGUCGAGCGCGAGUUCGAGACGCUGCGCACGCUCUGCCACGAGCGCAUCGCCCUCCUCGAGGCGGCCUACCGGCCGCGCGGCUCCCCCGUCGCCGUCCUCAUCCUCGAGAAGCUCCAGGGCGCGGACGUGCUCAGCUACCUGGCCAGCCGGCACGAGUACUCCGAGGCCUGCGUCGCCGGCGUCGUCGGCCAGCUGCUCGACGGGCUGCAGUACCUCCACUGGCGGGGCAUCUGCCACCUCGACGUCCAGCCGGACAACGUCGUCAUGGCCUCGGUGCGCUCGCUCCAGGUCAAGCUCGUCGACCUCGGCUCGGCGCGCAGGGUCAGCAAGCUCGGCUGCCAGGUGCCGCGGCUCGGGCACCCGGAGUACGCCUCGCCCGAGGUGACCAACGCCGAGCCGGCCUACCCCCAGUCGGACAUCUGGCAGGUGGCCGUGCUCGCCUACGUCCUGCUCUCGGGGGUCUCGCCCUUCCGGGGCAACGACGCCAACGAGACCCGGCAGAACAUCAGCUUCGUCAGGUACCGCUUCGAGUACCUCUACAAGGAGCUCAGCCAGGAGGCCACGCGCUUCCUCAUGCUCCUCUUCAAGCGCUCGCCCUGCAAACGACCGACGGCCGAGGAGUGCCACGAGCACAGGUGGCUCAUGCCCACCGAGUACAUGAUCAAGAAGCGCGAGCGAACGAUAUUCCUGGGCAACCGGCUCAAGGAGUACUGCGACGAGUACCACGAGGAGAAGCGCAAGCAGGCGACCCAAGGCCAGGGCCUGGACGAGGCCUUCGGAACGCAACGUCAGCUGGCCAGAUCGACGAGCAUACAGGACGAGCUGCUCACCGCCUUCUGAUGCCUUCUGAUGGGACUAUACAAACUCACUUCUUCCCCCUCCUUUAUCUGUUAUUGUCUCGGGCCUCGGCUGCUGAGAGGUGCGCACGAGUUGAUGCACGCGUACCCGACGAUUGUGCCAAAAGAAAUAAGCCUUCUUCUUCGAUCUAGUUCUCUAUUCUCAUUGUUAUUUAUGCCUAUGUAUUUCUUACGAUCUCGACUCUUGCCUGACACUUUAAACAUUUGGAUUCUCCGAUUAUCGGUCGAAUUAAAAUAAGCGCUUUGAAAUUGCAUCUCUCAUUUUCAUUUGUAUGUGGUUUCGUCGUCGACAACUAUAAGGACGAAAUACGAUACACCAAUAAAACAAACUGUGAAGUCUGC